AUGGAUGCUUGUCAUGUAUUAUUAGGCAGGCCUUAUCAGUAUGAUCGCAGUGUUAUUCAUGACUGGCAGAAGAAUACGUAUUCCCUUAGUAUAAAAAGGAAAAAGAUUGUGUUGGCACCUCAUCGGGAAAGAACCACUCCUACCUCAAUAGCCACUAGUUCUAAUCUACUUUCCAUGUCUAGGUUUCUAGACGAGAUUGGGCAUGAAGAUGUAAUUUACAUCUUGCUCCCUUGCACGAAUAGUGCAGUAGACAUGAGCCCAAAUUUACCAGCAGGGGUGCUACAACUACUAGUAGAGUUUUCUAACUUGAUGCCAAAAGACCUUCCUCAUAGGCUGCUACCUAUGAGGGAUAUUCAACAUCAGAUCGACCUUGUUCCAGGGAUAAGUUUGCCAAAUCAACUUGCAUAUCACCUUAGUCCUAAGGAAUCUAAAGAGUCACAGCAUCAGGAGGUAGAGUUAUUUGAGAGGGGCUACAUCUGUGAGAGCAAAAGUCCAUGUGCAGUCAUUGCCUACUGGUACCGAAGAAAGAUGGUUCCUAGCGUAUGUGUGUUGAUAGUAGAGCAAUCAACAAUAUCACAAUGA